ACUUCAUUUUCAAUGCCCACAGACGUAAACUAUCGUAAGAAAACUAAUCGGGAGAUGGAUAUCAUUGAAUGCAAACAGAUCAUGCUCCAUCUGAUAACAGAGUUACAGAGCGUCGUGAGGACGCGUCUGAAUUGUCUCAUCAUUCAGAGUGCUGAAACAAUUCAAUGCAGAUUUUACGACGAGCGGGACAAAGGGUUUAAAUUCAUAAUUAGGACUCCAGCAUGCGCCUCUGGACUGAUUCGUGAUCUUAUUUGCUGCGAAUGUAACAUAAUGUUGUAUCUAGCCCGCCUACCCCGAGAACACCCGGUCACUUUCUCAAAGAUGUUUGAAUUGCAGCGUACAAAAUCAACGUGCCCGCAGGGUAUUUACAGCAUUGAGAUGCCGCUACAACCCUUUGAAAUGUACAAGUGUGCUCUUUGCAGCUUUGAUCAGGGACAAAAUUGGAGCACUGUGUUUCCUGUCAAGGUCGACUCAGCUUGCAGAUGGCCAUUUUCUCAACUGCCAUCACAUUUUACAUUUGCUCUAUGAAAUCAACUGCCAUCUAAAUUAUUGACAAGAGAUAUAUAUUCUAAAGAACUGCCGUUAUGGAACAAAAUUGUUACUUUAUUUUUAGAUUUUAAUUGUCAUAGGUUUAAGAAUAAACAAAUUGAAGCAUGAACUCAUUAAGAAAAAAGACUACUAUUGACAAUUCGUAAAUAAUUGUAAACAAAUAAUGUAAACAAAUAGUUUACAUCAUGCAUUGAGCUUAGACUUUCUUGCUAUAAAAGUGCAAAAAAUUGAUCAACUGAAAUGAUAUUUAUAUGAGAAUUCAUGACUUAUUUUUGUACAAUUAAACUGAAUAAUUGAGUUGAUCAAAAAUGUUGAAGAAAUGGAUGGCUGAUUGUUUGACUGAGUAAGUUGAUAAAUUAAUGCAAAGUAUUUACUUUUUUCCAAUACAACUACAACGUGAGUGCACUUUGUAGUUGUUGUGACACGGUGUUUCUGGGAGACGGCCAUAAGGAAGUUCGGACAUUUAAGGACGUCUGUCAUUUAAUAUGUCUGUUCAUUCAAAUUUGAUAUCCGAUAAUGCGUAGAGAAAAGAAAGAAACAGGUGUGGUAUCAAUAUUUGUUGAACAAAACAAAUAAUUCUUAUUUCGUUAAAAUUUCUAAAUCUACUGUACAUAUUUGGCAAGGCGGAAAACAAGGAGGAUCGGACAUAUUUUUCAAUGUUCUGAUUUAAAUGCAACAAAUGAUUAUUUAGUGUUCUAAUUUUUAUCUUUCGUUUAAUAAUUUCAUAAUGAAACACUUCGUCUUAAAGUUUGACUCGAAUAACUUGAUAAUCACAUGUUAAAGGGACUUUGACACGACUGUGCUAAAAAUUUUCAAAUUUUUAAAAAAAAAAAUUUAUUGUCGAAAAUGGUUUAUAUUGACUUUUAAAAUGCUUUUCAAAAUUUGAAAGUCAAACAUAGAGUUACAAGCGAGUAACAGAGGUUAGAAUUCUUUGUUUUGUAAGCAAAGCUCGAGUCUCGUAAUUGUUUAUAUAUGCAUUGUUUUGGUAUAAGUUUCACUCUAAUGUUGAUUUAUAUUGUUGAUAAAAGUAUUUAGGAACACAGGAAUUCAUUUUAUCUGGUUGCCACAAGUUAUUUUGUCAAAAUAAAUGACAAUUUCUUCACUUUACAUUAUUUGUGACAAAUAUAAGACUCGAGCUUUGUUUACAUAACACUGACUUCUUUUCUCUGAAUCUCGCUUGUAACCUGAUGUCUAGCAUUGAUAUGUUGGUACAUCAUUCAAAAUACACAAAUGAAUUAUUUGAUAAAGAAAAAAAUAGACAUAAGAUAUUCCAUCUCAAAUCGUUUCCAAGUCCCUAGAAUAAUUUUGGUUAACAAUGAUAUCUGUCAAACUUAAAAGAUCUUUAUAUUUAUUUACAUGAAAUGUACCUGUUUUAUAAUAAAAUACUGCUUUAUGAUUCUAACAUUCUUUACUUUAAUUGAUUUGUGUUUCUUUCUUUGUUAUAUUUACCAGAUUACAUGCAUUUCUUAAGCAUUGGGGUUAAGUUUAAGAUGCUUGAAGAAUAAAAACGGUUCCAUCUGCCGACUUUACCUCUUCUGAAUAUAG